AUGGCCCUGGCCCCCAAAACCAAGCAGCCGCAGCUGCUGCCCUCUCUACUCCAAACACACACACACCCAACCACCAGAAGAAGGAAAGAACGAAAUAGAAAGGGAAGUGGGGUGAGGGGACACACGGAGAAGGAAGAGAGGAGGGAGGAGCGUCACCGGCGCGUUGGGCUUCACCACCGCCGUCGCAUCGCCAGAUCACCACGCGUGGGGAGCCGUGUCGCCGCGCCGCCAAUCGUCCUCACCGCACCUCACAACGAGCUGCGUUCUCCAGCCACCCGUUGCAUCCUCCUUGUGCUGUUCUUCACGCCAUCGCGUUCCUUCGUCGCCGCCGCCGUUGACAGAAGAGAGAGUUUGAUCCGAGAGCGCAGUGAGGGAAGGGCGUCGCCGGAGGAGAGCCUGGCACCGCCGCCGCCACUGUUCGCCGCGCCUUCAUCUCUAGCCUGCGCCGUCGCUAGUCGCGCGAGGGGGAGACGCGCCGUGAGGGAGAUCCGUCACGUUUCUGCCGUCGCCGGUUCACACGCCGCCGCUGUGCUCCUUGCCGCAGCGCCGCUGCUGGAAGAGGAGAGCUCGCCAGUUCUGUCUCUCACUACCGUCUCCGUCGGAACUGCCGCCACGGUCGCCGGAGCUUCUGGCCGAGCCUCAACCGCCGGGAACGCCGCUGCCGCCAACGAGCUCCACUGCCGAUCGUCGCUGCUGCUUGGGACUGACGGCCGGGUUGCUGUCGGACCGGUUCGGAGACCGGUGCUGGGUCGAUUCAGUCAUUCCUUCCUUCGGUUCGAGUUGUUGAGACUGUUGCGAAAGUGGCUUGGAACCGAGGUUUUGGCUGCCGGGAUUUUGAUUUUUGAUCUCGGGUCGAGGCGGAAAGGAUUCUGUGACGCGUUUGGGAUAUGGUUUUGCGUUUUGAGGAUUUGGGCGCAGAAGUUAUGAAGAGUUUAAUUAUUUGUUAUUGAGAUGCUCUGUAUUGUUUUAGAUUAUUAUUUUUGUACCCUCGCCUUUAUCUUGAUAUAUUCUGUGAGAGGGAUAGGAAUUGUACUGGAUAAUGUUUGUAAUAUUAAUUAUAUAUAUGUAUGUAUAUAUAUAUGGAUGUACUCUUUAUGAGUUUCUGUAAGUUGUAUGGUAUGUAUAGACGUACGUUGUAUGGUGAAAGUGUUUUUGAGGAUGGUAUUGCGGUUUAAAGUUUUUAAACAGGCUC